AUGAAAUUGAUUUUUUCCUUUUUUUUUUUCAGACAAAUAUUUGACGUUGAAGCGGAAGAGAAGAAGAAUCUGAUGCCGUCGGUGGAGUAUGGUCGAUUUGGCCAUCAACCGACGGCUGUCAAUCGGCGCAAAAAGUUGCAUUUGGAGUACAGGAAACGUAAACCGCAACAGGAAAUCUGUGCAUGUCUUAAAUGGCUAUGCUUUUUUAUGAAUUUUUUUGUUUUUCUAAUCGGUGUAACCUGCCUUGCGCUGGGAGUUUAUUUAUGUGUAAAAGAUCCAAGAUCAAUACUGGAAUGGGCAGAUGUGCUGCUGAAUCCGGCAGUUAUGCUCACCAUAAUUGGCCUUGCUGUAUGUAUCGUAUCUUUGCUUGGCUCUUUAGGAGCCCUUCGUGAUAGCAUCACUUUGCUCAAAACGUUCGCUCUCAGCGUAUUUUUCUGUUAUAUAGCAAUAGUAGUUUGCACAUUCUUCUUGUUUAUACUGUUUUAUUCGGAUACCACCGAAGGACUGUCUGCUCAUAGUAUCCUGUUAUAUUCAAUUGAACGAUAUCAUACGAAUCGUAAUAUUGCGGAUUUUGUUGAUUAUUUACAAGAACAACUGGAGUGCUGCGGAGCAUCUUCAGCAUCACAAGGUUAUCGUGACUGGCAGCGAUCAGAGCAGUUUAACUGCAGCGAAUCUAACCCACAUCCAGAACGAUGCGGUGUACCAUUCAGUUGUUGUAGACGUUCUGUGAUAUCGGAGGCUGCUGGGUCUGUCAAUCCUUUACUACCAGCGAUGCGAUCAUUGGAAUGUUGGCAACAUGCUCAGACAAAAAAAUCUCAGGAGCUGGAAGCAGACCUUUAUACCCGAGGUUGCCUUCAGCCGUUGAGGGUAUUAUUUGAAAGUCAUGCGGUCCGGAUCGGAGCUGCAGUUGCUUUCGUCCUUAUACCUGUGUGUGUUUCUGUUUGUCUAACCAAUUUACUGGCAAGGCAAAUUGAUCAUCAACAUUACUUAUUGGAAAAAGAGGCUAGGCGAAAUGAAAGGAGGCGAAGAAGAGAGAAACAAAAAUUCCGGGACCCCUUCGCUGUUUACGACACAGCAAUCACAAUAGAGCCGGAAACUGUUGAAAAAAAACCUUCUGCCGAAGUACGGACGAAUACAGUUGACAGUUAUUCUGUUUAG